AUGCAGCGAUUGGGGAGGACGGCAGACGACUUGCUGACUAAUGAUGAGGUGCCUGACUAUCCCCUGCUAGAAUUUCCGACCGGCUUCCAUCUUGAGUGUCUCCACGGCCGGCACAGGAUCGAAGCUGGGCGCGAAUUUCUCCAUCCUGGGGACGAUUGGUGGACGGCUGAUCUGUACCUCUCAGACCUGAACGUCGACCUAAAGACAUGCCUCGUUGAAGAAUAUGCCAACGAGGAGAAGCCCUCCGAUGGCGAGAUUUACUACAAGAUGCGGUGCUACCAUUUCCAGCGGAAUUUCAGCUUUGAAAUGCGGUGGAAGGCACGCCUGCGAGGCAAGCGGAAGGAGUACCUGCUGACGCUCACCCGUAAUGAAGCACUGACGGCAGCAUUCGAUAACUUGCUGGACAUCCCAGGUCUCUGGGGCGGGAUGAAGAUCGCUACGCUGCACAAAGUGAUGGCUCUAAAGUGUGAUACGGAACUUUUACACUACCUCCGCCGCAUCAAGCAGGUCUGGUCUGAUCUUGUACGUGGCAAUAAGGCUGCUAUGGGGAAGAUUGAUCAAGCGACAGUGAAGGCUUUAGAGCUGAAGGCACCACGAGCGUCAACAGCGGACGCGGAGUUCCUCCGCAUUCGAGUGCGUGGGGGGGAGGUAUUCAGCACUUUCGAUGACAGCGAGCGCGACGAUAUCUGGAGCUGGCUAAAGUGCGUUGAGGGCCUAAUUCCAUCUCUCGCGACCUUCUUCAAAGACAUCGGGUACUUGGAGCGCCUCACCAACUGCGUCAAGCAGCUAACGGGCAACAAUGUUCAGAUCUCUCAUGCCUUCAAGCAACUAUUCUCCCCUGUUGAUCAAGAGGACGGCCGCGUUCGGAUCAUGGAUGGCCAGGCUAAGAUUCAGGUCGCCGAGAAUGCUUUUGUGUACGGGCAGGGGACGCGGGGAGACCAAGUCGAUCUCGGGUACCGGCAGAUCAUUGCGUAUGCCAUGCGGCACUUCGCGGAUAUGCCAAAGGAACCAGUGAAGGAAGGCCGCAUGAUGCAGCCUGCAGCGAUGGCAGAUCGAGCCGUCCUCCGCCGCUUUGCUGACUUGGCAGACCAGCUGGGGUUUACCAGUACCAGGAUAAAGCAUUUGCAGCAGUAUCCAGCUGCACUCGCCAAGCAAACCCCACCAUCGGAGCAUCCUCCCCUCGUUACGUCGGGAUCCGGAGUAGGGAUAGCUCGUAGAUGCGGCACCCCACUCAGGCUGAAAUUCAACGAGGAUCGGAAAUUCUGGUUUAUCAAUCACCUCCAUGACGAGAGAGACCAGCAAGGCAAAGGCAUCACAAACUUCUUCGUCCGAAAACAAGUUUAUCUCGCCUUCUUUGGCUGGCCGACCUGGAGGCCUACUGCCCAGGGUGGUAGCCAUGGCCGCUCUCCAUCUCUCUCUCCUGUUCCAGACUUCGGAGAUUUAUCUCAAGACCUAAGCCCUGAUGCUGAACAGCACACGGUCGGGUCCCGAACGGACCGGCCACCUAGUGCGCUAGAACCUGCAGAUGAUGACGGGGGCCUUUUUGUCCCAGAAGCAAGCCCAAGCCAAACCCAGGCGAAAGGAAUGGGUGAUGGUGGACAGCCAGAGCAGCCUAUGAACCGCUCGACGCCAGCCGAGGAUGAAAGGUGGAAGCGGAAGCUUCUGGAACAUAAAAAGCGAAGGGAAGCGUGGCUGGAGCGGCUGGAGAAGGAGCGGCUGGAGAAGCAACGGCUGGAGCGGGAGAGGCUGGAGAAGGAGAGGCUGGAGAAGGAGAGGCUGGAGAAGGAGAGGCUAGAGAAGGAGAGGCUGGAGAAGGAGAGGCUGGAGAGGGAGAGGUUGGAGAGAGAGAUAGACAUCAACCUUAUUAGAUGGGAGGACGAUACUUGGAAAUACCUAACACCACUCGCAGUCGAUCCAGAGAAUCCGUCUAACAUCGAACAGUUGGUCAACGAUGUUACGAUAUCAAGUGCGCCUUGCAGCUCGAGUGGGGGUUCAGGGGUGUGGGGAGCUUUCCGGGGUUGGAGUGAAGUUUUCAGUUGUGGAGUGAAUUCUCAGAACUGGUCUCGCUAA